AUGCCGCUGCCUUCCGUGACGCCACUCCACGUCGACGCAUUUACUUUUCCUCCGGCUGUUGAGUCGCCCGCUUCCCACAAAAGACUUUUCCUCGGUGGUGCAGGGAUAUGAUGGUUUGAUAUUAAAGGCAAGUUCGUGAUUGUGACGGUCAUCGGAGUCUACCUUGAAGCCAUGGCACUGCCGUCAAUCUCCGCUAAGUGGAAAGGCAAGAAUGCAAAGGAGUUGACGGAAUCCGUCCCUUUCUUCCGCCAACUCGUCACAGGUGAGUUUGAGAAAUUGGCAAGGGUGACGAUGAAAAAGAGGUUAACGGGGAUACAAUACUCGGAGAAAGUAGUAGAAAACUGUGAGGAGAUCAUGAAAGCGUCAGGGAAAUACACAAGAUCCGAAGCCAAAGCCAUUGACCAAUUCUUGAUGGUCUUCAAAAACCAAGAUUUCCCUCCCGGCUCUUCAAUCAUCUUCGCUAUCUGUCCUAAAGGCUCUCUCACAAUUGCAUUUUCGAAAGAGGAGAGAGUCCCGAAAACUGGAAAAGCGGUUAUCAAGAAUAAGUUGUUGGGUGAGGCAGUUCUUGAGUCGAUGAUAGGGAAGAAUGGUGUAUCCCCUGCGACAAGGAAGAGCCUCGCUGAGAGAUUAUCUAAGCUGAUGAACAAAAAAGACCCGUACAACGAAGCUAACGUCAACGUUGCUACAAAAAAUUGA